AUGCACCGUGCGUGUGUCUCCAAGAUCGGUGGUGCUUGGCGUCACGGAGGCUCCGAUGUCUCUCCGUCGUCAAAGCACCACCGUACAGGGAGCCAUCUACGCGUCUCCAGCACCGCCUACGACGAUGAAGUCAGCAUUACAUUCAGCGGGAAGCUUAGCACUUUCAGCGGUAACCUAGGAAACAACCAUGGAGGAGGAAGCAAUAGGAUGAAAGGUCUCUUCAAACACAAGCCUCGUCCUCCUGGUGAAAUAGUCCGUCAGACACGAGAUCUCAUCGCCUUGUCCGAAAACAACGUCGAAGAAAUCGACACGAAACACUCGAAAAGAUUAGGGAUCUACCCGGAGAUCUGCAGAAACAUUAGGGAAUUGAAAUCGAUAUUAUACGGAAACAGCGAGGCCGAGCCUGUCGCCGAAGCGUGCCUCUCGUUGACGCAAGAGUUUUUCAGAGAAGACACGCUUCGCCCAUUGAUCAAGUCUCUUCCGAAACUCGACCUAGAGGCGAGGAAAGACGCUACUCAGAUCGUAGCGAAUCUCCAGAAGCAACAAGUCGGAAGCCGACUCGUUGCUUCUGAAUAUCUCGAAUCGAAUUUGGACGUGAUCGACACCCUAGUCGAAGGAAUCGGUAAAGACCACCAAUUAGCAUUGCAUUACACAGGAAUGCUCAAAGAAUGCGUCCGUCAUCAGGUUGUUGCCAAGUACAUCCUCGAGUCGAAGAACCUCGAAAGGUUCUUCGACUACGUCCAGCUCCCUUACUUCGAUGUAGCCACGGACGCGAGCAAGAUCUUCCGCGAGCUUCUAACGAGGCACAAAUCAACAGUAUCCGACUAUCUCUCCAAGAACUACGAUUGGUUCUUCGCGGAGUAUAACACGAGGCUAUUGGAGAAAGGGAGUUAUUUCACGAAGCGACAAGCUUCGAAACUGUUGGGAGAUGUGUUGAUGGACCGGUCUAACUCGGGUGUGAUGGUUCGGUAUGUUAGCAGUUUGGAGCAUUUGAGGAUUAUGAUGAAUCUACUCAGAGAACCAACAAAGAACAUUCAGUUAGAAGCCUUUCAUAUCUUCAAACUGUUUGUAGCCAACGAGAGGAAACCAGAGGAUAUUGUGGCGAUUCUCGUUGCGAAUAGGAACAAGAUUCUUCGGUUGUUUGCUGAUUUGAAACCUGAGAAGGAAGAUGAAGGGUUUGAAGCUGAUAAGUUAUUGGUUGUGAGUGUGAUUGCAUCACUUUCUCUUAAACUCACGGAUCAGUAA